CGCUAAUUUAAUAAUUAAAGUUGAAAUCCUUGUCAUCUCCUGUAUUAGGUAAAGUGCAAGCUAAUCUUACCCUCAUAAAGCUCAGACCAAUAUAAGGUAAAUCACAUUUGCGUUCUCUUUAAGUUCAUCUACAUGUUGUUUUGAAAUAUUAGUAAUCCCAUUAGCGACAAAACGAUAUCAUCAAUUUUCCAUAAACUGCUUGCGCUAUUGUCAAUUGAAUAAAGCAUGUCUUUAGAAUCUUCAAAAUCAAAUCUUUCGAUCAAUGGUCAUGAUUUACCGCCUCCAGGGCCUUCAUUUUUAAAUGAUCUGACUCCAGGAAGCCGAAAUUCAUUAGAAGGAAGUAUCAACUUGAACGAUGAUCUUGCAGAUGGCUCUGAAUAUUCAUCAAGCAUAGUCUCACAACCGUACGGGGCUAGUAGUGGUGGGCCCAGUAGUUUCAAAAGAAGAUCAGGGUCUUACAUAUCCUAUAAAAAUAGUAUAGAUGGAGGUGAAAGUACAUUCCUGUCUUCCGCAUAUUUCAAUAUAUUUCAGAAUCAAAAUAAUGGUGAGUCUUCAAAACAAAAUAAUGAUUUUUCACCCUUGGGUCCUAACUCAAUCUACGAGUUGACCAUAGGGUCAGAUACUGCAAGGUCAAGAAGAAAUAGAUCUUCAAAAACGUCACUUACCUUACAUGGUGGCUCAACUGUUGUAAAUAACAUAAAGACUCCGACCACCAAAGACAUUCCUCAAAUUCAAUUGCUGAAACUAUCGAAGAAGGUCAGUAACAAUGAAUUAGAUAGCAAGCUUGUAAAUGAUUCUGUUGAUGAAUAUAAAAACUUCGAGCUGAGCUACAAGCUUCUCACAGAAGACACUUUACAAAAAUUUGUGGAGCAAGACAGAUCCCACCAUAAUCAUGAAGUUACACUAUCAUCAGGCGCAGCUUCGCCAACCUCUUCAGUAUCUAACUUGAAAGAUCUAAUAGAAAGUAAUAUGGAUACAGACGAUAAAGAUCUAUCAGAAUUAAUUCCUGACGUGUAUCUCGAUCCCGAGUUUAGAUUGGAUGACCCUAGGAUUUUCAAACAAGUCAUUGAAGGUUGCAAAAUUUUACCCGACGAAGAUGAAGAAGAAGGAUUGAACGAUCUGUCUUAUUUAGCAAGCAAUACUGACCUUCAAGAUAAACUAUCUCAUUAUCUUGAUUUGGUGGAAGUCAAAUUGAUCAAAGAAAUUUCUAAAUCUUCAGAUUCAUUCUUCAAUACCCUUGGUGAUAUCCAAGCUGUCCUGAGCCAAUCGGAAUCUUGUAUCGGAAAGUUUAGAGAAAUCACAAAAAAACUAGAAUCUUUAGAAUUAAAUGAAGCUCAAACUGGGUUGGAAAUAUUAAAUACGUUGAAUGAACGUAAAAAUAUUGAACAAUUGGAAACCGGUAUUGUUCAGUUACAAUAUGUUUUAUCUAUAUUUGAGUUAGCAAAAAAGUCGUUUCAGAAUGGUUUGCAUAAUAAAUGUUUAAGUGAAAUAAUUGUGGUGGAGAAUUUGAUUAAUGGAACUAAUCCUAAAGAUUUAGAUACGGACGAAAACGAGAGCUUCUAUCCCUCUUUUGAUUAUCCAUUAGCAGAUCUUUCUAGUGUGCCAGCAUUGCGAGAAUUGAAGUAUGAAUUGUCGGAGCUAAAAAACCAUUGUUCUAAAGGUUACAUUAACGAUUUUAUCCAGCUCUUAUUGAAGGAUUUACGAGACCACUACAAUUCUGUUGCCACCCAAGAUACAUUAAAUAGAAUAUAUGUUUCUGUUGACAAUUCCAAAAAGUACCAUACUUCAAAGAUUAAUACUUCAUAUCAAAAAAUCGAUGAACAGAAGAAAGGAAAGUUGCGAGACUUUGUUGAAAACUUAUCAAAAGCUGGCCACAUUGGGAAUGCAUAUUCAGAAUAUCAAAAUAAGAUAAUUAUAGAAAUAAAAGAAAUCAUAAAGUUGAAUCUUCCAAGCAGCAGACAGGGAUAUUCUCUGACCGACGUGUCUGAAGCUCCUUCGCGUGCCUCUCCUUUCCCAGAAUCGGCAAAUAAUUCUUCUACAGCUCUUUCUACCAAUGCCUCGGGCUCUAAUAUCAAUUCAUUAUCCACCAACAUCAGGGGUUUGUCGCCCAAAGAAUUUGAGACCAUGAUGGCUAAAAUUUAUACAACUUUAGCAGAGUGCUUGCGUCGCUUAACAGCCCACCAGAAAAUAUUAUUGGACUUGGCUUUGACUGCUAUUCCUCCUAGCGCAUCGCAGGAUAUAGAUGUUAUGUCUCUUGAUAUAACUGUUGCUAUAAAUAAGGCUAUUGAGCUAACCCAAAUUAGGUUGAGUAAAGUGAUUAAUGUAAGAUCUGAGCAGAUUGCCGAUCUUUCAGUUCCCUUCUACUUGAAAAUGUAUUCCCUUUCGUCUGCAUAUUUACAGGAAUGCGAAUUCAUCAACCCUGGUUACGUUGCGAGUGGACCAGGAUCGUCAUUGAAUGAUUGGGUUAAAAACCACGUUGGAUACUUCAUUCAUCGUCUUCACCUGAAUUCAAUGAGAAAUAUUGCACUGGACUGUGAUCGCGAAACAUGGAAGGAAAUAGUCAAUUCGAAAAUACUAACUGAAAAUCAAGCUGUUCUCAAUGAGCUUCUUGACCAUUCGGAAUACAUUGAUUCAAAUGGAAAACUGGGUUACUCUGGAGAAAAUUGGCUCAAGCCUCUUGAUCUUUUUAUAGAGGAGAGCAAAGAGGAAUCAGAACAAAAACCGGAUAACAUUUCAAAUGAUAAUGAUGAGUCCCAAAAAGAUAAAGAAGAGAACGGCUUAAAAAUUCAUGGUGAAAAUUUUAUGAUUCCUAGUCUUGCAGUGAAAGUGUUGGGACGAGUAAGAGAUUACGUCAUCAUAGCAAAAGUCUUCCCUAGCAAAAGUCAUAUAAUUGAAGUAAAUUUAUUAAAUUUAUUCAAGUUGAUAAAUUCCAAAUCUGCGCAGUCAGUUCUUAAUGCAGGUGCUACUCGAACGGCAGGUUUGAAACAUAUAACUACUAAACAUUUGGCCCUUUGUAUUCAAUUUAUAGAGUACAACAUUGAAUUUUUACUAAAUCUUCAAAAAAUAUUCAAAUAUUCCAAGUCAAGUCCACCUCCCCAUCCUCAGCAGAAUGCCCACAUAGAAGAACCUACUUUUAAUGGUAUAAUCAGUAAUUACAGGGAUCAUGAAAACGAGCUUUUUUCUAAAUUAGUGUCAAUUAUGUACGAUCGUACGUUGAUCCAUUGCCAAAAUAUUGUCAAUAUUGAUUGGUCGCAACCACUCACUCACCCUCAACAGUGCCACACAUAUAUGGAAACUUUGGUGAAAGAAACAAGUACAGUUAUAAAAGUAUUGAGUAAAUAUUUACCAGAAUUAAAAUGUUCAAUGGUAAUGCUGCAGAUAUUUGAAAAUUAUAAAAAAUUAUUGGUUGAUUGCUUCUGCACACAGUUGACCCAAUUCAAGGACUUCAAUGAAAAGCAUUCCCUCUUGAAAGAUAUUGACUAUUUCCGUGUCAAAUUGUGUGAUUUACCUGGUUAUGGAAACUCUGGUCAAGUGAUAUGGGAAAAUGUCAAUUCCCUUCCAACUAUUGAAGAUGCCAAAAUGGAGGAAGUGAUGAGAAACAAUAUUGCCGGUGAAAAGCGCAGCCAAAUAGAAAACCAAGGCUGA